UUUCCCUGCUCCAGAGGAGAUGGGGGGGUGGAAAUCCUCAAGGGCGGAGACAGCUACAUCUUCAUCCCGUAGAGUUCUCCUGCUGGUAGUAGAACAUAGCUGAGAUCAGCAGACGGGGCACAAUCCAACUCUUGCUCCAGGAUCCAUGCCUAGGCUGCUGUCCCGCUCCCCUUGUCAACUUUUCCACGAUGGAAGUAACUUCUGAGUCAAAGUUGGGGCUGAUGCUGCCGGCCCACCACCCAAGUGGCAACUGGCACUACCAGUUUCGGAUCCUCCUGCUGGGUGAUUCCACGGUGGGCAAAACAUCUCUGCUGAGGCGGUACACGGAGCGGUGCUUCAUGCCCACCCCGUGCCCCACUGUGGGGGUCGAGUUCUACAGCAAGAUGCUGGAACUCUCUCCGGGAAUCAGGGUGAAGCUCCAGCUCUGGGACACGGCUGGUCAGGAGAGGUUCAGGUGUAUCACCAGGUCUUUCUACCGGAAUGCAGUUGGUGUGCUUCUGAUCUUUGAUAUGACCAACCGGAGGUCCUUUGAAAGCAUCUUUGAUUGGUACAAUGAAGUGACCAAUGUGAUGGACAAAGUAAUUUUCCUCCUGAUUGGCCACAAAUGUGAUCUUGAGUCCAUUAACAGGGUCACCCUUGAGGAAGCAGAGGGCUUGGCAACUUCUCUGGGCACAUCUUUUAUAGAAACGUCUGCCAAAACUGACACCAAUAUAGACCUGGCCUUCGAGACCAUCACCAAUGCUAUCUAUGAGGCUUUGAGAAACAAAGAGUUUGACCUGCAAGAAGGAUGGGAUGGUGUGAAAGUCAUUUAUAAGAAGAAAACAAGCAGCCUGCAAAGGAAGAAGCCAUCCAAAGAAGUAUGCCAGUGUUAGCUACGUCAGAGUUGGAUGUUAUGGAAAGGGGACAUUGGAUACCCAAAGUAGAAGUCUUCCUUAGACGAAAUGCAGACUUAAUCCAUUGGGUUAAUCCUUACCCAGCUGACCAUCCACAACCUAUGAUCCCAACUACUUUAUUACAUCGUCCAGAGCUCUUUCUGACCAUAUCUCAGAUCUUGUUUCCAGCUGAAAAUCAGUGACAUAGUUGUCUGUUGUUUUUAGGUACAAAACAGAAGAGCAUUGUUUUUUAAUUCUCAACUUAAAAUAUUUUUAGCAUCAAAACUAAAAAGAUAUUCCCUGGAAAAUCUCAGCCCACUUCACAUCACUUACCCUGUUAACUGCAGCCUGUUUUGUAGUCCCAAAACCUGCAGAGGUUUCCUGGCCCUUGUCUUAUAUCAUCCUUCAUCAAGUUGCUAGCUUGGCUGAUGGGAGAUGGAGGGCAUAGGUUAUGAGAAGGAUGGCCAGCCAGUCAGGCAUAGCCUUCAGAUGGCCGAAGAAAUGUUUGCUGAGUCAGAAUCUAGAGAAAAGACUGCUCCACUAAUCUCAGCACCAUUGUGCAUCUUUGUUCUGAAUUUUGCAGGUUAGAAACAGUUUCUUUCCAUUAUUCAGCACAGAGCUCAUUGAGUAGAGCUGGGGAGGAGAUAUGGAGAAUCUUGGGGCUGUCACAUGUUUUGAAGCAGUCUUCAUUUCCGCAAUGUACUAAAAACCUCCUUAACUUAAAAAAAAUC